AUGGCGUUUAAUCGCUCUGCUCCCAAACGGAAGCAGACUUUUUCGGAGGACGAUCUUCCACUACAAUUUGUACCAUAUAAAGCAUAUAAGGAACUUUACGAUAAUUUCGUCGUCCUCAUUUCCCUGGUCAACCAGCUGCGUGGAGCAAUCAUUGAUUCGGGACAAAACAAACUGGCUCUCGUAGUGGGCGAAUCGUGCGAGUUACUUGCUGAUAUGUCUCAAAUUGCCGAUCGGCUCUUUCAGAACCUUUUUUUCCGCUUCCGAUUAUCAUGCUUUCAUCGACACCUCUUCGAAGAUUCCUCGAGUCCCAGCACCUAUUGCUCCGGUCGCAACAAUCAACUCCUUGGACAUCGCGCGAGAAGCUGCCAAGCUUCUCGAUAA